AUGACGUUGAAGUGCUUCGCUCCCCAACCUGCAAAGCCCAUCUUCAGGCAGCCGCUACACAUAGCUCUACAUUCGUGGCACCCAGGAGAGAAUCGACAAUUAGAGCUUGGAAAAGUCCUCGGUAUCAAAGUUGGCUGUCGUCUUGAUCAGGUGGAGGAGAUCAAGAAGAUCUACCUGGAAAAGGCCCCAGUAUUAUCCCGCGUUGUAGGGAUGGCGGCGGCAGAGAUGAUGGAUAAAUUGAACCUGGAAAUCCAGGAAGAUGGGUCGAUUAGUUUGACUGAGUGGGCGAGUCCAGAGAAAAAGGUGGACAAACCAGGGGAAGACAACUCCAAAGCGAUGUUCCCAAGCGCGGGAGGCUGUGGUGAGUGAGGAGGCGGCCCCGAGGGCGCAGUUGGAAGAGUGGUCGGGGGAGUUGACGGGGCUGAGGGAUGAAUGAGGGAAGGCUGGAAUCAUGGUUGUGGGAAUACAGCUCUGCAACCCCCUACUCGAGCACUAUUUCAC